UGACUGACAAUCCCGCAGUCUAAUCCAGAGAGUGAGGAUGCACAGCAGCGGUGAUAUAUCGAAUGAACAUCGGCUAACUACUUCCUUCGGCUGUGAUUGACAAAACCCUGCUAACACUUUGUUCACCCAGUCCUCAGAGAUCAUUUUUAAACCUGAAAUCGCUGGGUUGAUCGGUACAGAUUUAAUCCGGACCGGGAUUUCGCAGACGUUACGUUAGGACAAUGGAAUCUAACGUUAUGCCGGACAGUAUCCGCCCUCAGAGGCUGCAGCCAGGCAUUGGAUUCGGUUUAGGACCGACCGGGACCCUUCGCUCCUCUCUCCGGCCCGGGGUUACCGUCCCCAUCGCGCCGCUGUUGCCCUCCCCGGCCUCUCUAGCCGCUUCGUCCGGGCCUCCUCCGCCGCCGCCUCCGCUGCAGCUCCACAGCCUGUACGGCGGUAUCGGAGCGGGGCUGGGGCUGGGGCCGGGGGCUACCGGGCACUGUAACCCGGGGAACCCGGCGGUGCUGAAGGAGGCGGUGGAGGCUGUGGUCCGCAGCUUCGCCAAACACACGCAAGGUUACGGCAGAGUAAACGUGGUGGAAGCUUUACAGGAGUUUUGGCAGAUGAAGCUGACCAGAGGGGCCGACCUGCGUAACGGAGCUCUAGUUGUUUAUGAAAUGGUCCCGUCCAGCAGCCCUCCAUAUGUUUGCUAUGUCAGUCUUCCCGGAGGCAGCUGCUUCGGAAGUUUCCAGUUCUGUCCCACCAAGGCAGAAGCAAGACGCAGCGCUGCCAAGAUUGCUCUAAUGAACUCUGUUUUCAAUGAACAUCCCUCCCGACGCAUCACAGACGACUUCAUCGAGAAAAGCGUCAGUGAGGCCCUGGCAUCCUUCAAUGGAAACAGAGAAGAGGCUGACAAUCCCAACACAGGAAUUGGGGCAUUUCGCUUCAUGCUUGAGUCCAACAAAGGAAAAUCCAUGCUGGAGUUUCAGGAGCUGAUGACUGUGUUCCAGCUGCUGCACUGGAAUGGGAGUCUCAAAGCCAUGAGAGAACGACAGUGUUCCCGACAGGAAGUGCUGGCUCACUAUUCCCACCGGGCUCUGGAUGAUGACAUGCGUACUCAGAUGGCCGCCGACUGGGUGAACCGAGAACAGAGUGUAGCGAGCACUAUUGCGCAGGAGGUGGCGUCGACGGAGAGAGAACUGGAGGACGCCAGGCUGGCGGGCAGAGAACUGCGUUUUUACAAAGAGAAGAAAGACAUCCUGAUGUUAGCUGUGGGCCAACUUAAUGCAGCCAACACUGCCACACUGCCCUCACACUAAACCUGCCGUCCAUUGUGGAAACAUUUCUUCACACAACGUAGGAUUCCUGGUAACAGUAUUGAUCGCAUCAUAGAUAUAAAGUUGCUUCAUUUGAACUUUUAGGUUUUGUAUAAUGUCUUUUUUUUUUUUUAUUUUUUUUUUUAUGAGGAUCAGGUAAUCAGGCCUUGACUUACAGUAUGCACAUCCGUGCAUAAAACCAACACUUGCCGCUAUAGCCGUUACCUCUUCGUGCCUCGUGAUUACAGGAUAACAGUGCUUUUUUUUGGUAAAAAAAUUACCUGUAAACUUGCUUGGCAUUCCAACUGACUGGGGUUUACAUGUUCUUUCAUUAUUUCAUACUGAAGUAGACUUACAGAAACACAGCCUGCCUUUCAUCAGUGAAUGUAAUGGACAGACGUUAAUAUGACACAUCAAACCAAGCACAAUUGAUCAAGGUAUGGAUCAUCGAAGUUUGUUUCUUUCAUGUUUUGGGUGUGUUUACUUGCAUAUAGUCUUUUGGACGGUCAAUAUUUUGGUGGUCAAAUGUAAGGGUCUUUUUUUUUGUGAAGACUUUUGACGGUUAUUUUAGUGUACAUUGUGUGCUUGGUAACCAUGACACUAGCUGAAUGUAUAUUUUCAGUGUGCUAUCAACUAAAGGAUCUGCAAAGCGAUGCUGUUUACCAUUUAGACGAUUGAAUUACUCUUGUGAUACAGGUUGUGUUUGUCAUGUGCUUCAUUUAAAGGAGUUCAAAAGGGUUGUUGCUUGGUAGACUAAAAAUGUAGGUCGGGAUCUCAGCAGAAACAAAGAAUAGCGGUGAUUGGAGGUAAAAUGUGAAGGCCAAAAAAAAAUAAGUUGAGGGAUCUUUUUGUUUUUAACAAGCUGAUUCAUUAUGUGUGAGUCAUUGUAGUCAAUACAAAACAGUACCUGCACUUUCGGUUUAUGUAUUUUGUGACAUACUGGAAGCAAAAUCUGUUUGUUAGCAGUGCUGGUGUAUGUCCAUGGGCUAAAACAAUGUAUGUAACUCGCACUUAUCACCUUUCAAAUGUUUUUAUGUUGAAGGACCUGAUUUUGUUUAUACUGUAAACGUGAUAUCUUUAUAUUUCUCUAUGUAUCUCAAAUGUAUUGAAUACAUUAUACGGAUGAAGGCAUUUCAGUGAGUAGCCUUUCAAAGACCCCAUGUAAUGGAAGUGAGAGUUUAAUUGAUAAUGUGUGGCUCUGGUUGGAUGGAAAUGUGGGCAGCGAGUUAUGCGAGUUAAACAGCAGGAGGGCUCAUUCUCUCUGCUGAAUGCUGGAUUGUCAACGGCAGAAACUGAUUACACUAAAUUUGGGGAGAUGGUAAAUAGAAAACAAAGAAGCAGAGAUGGAGUAUGGUUAAAGCCAGAUCCAAUUUUAUUAUUGUAUUGCUGUGUCUCUUCCCUGGGAUCAUUGUGCCUUUAUGAAAUUGGUAGCAUGCACCAAUUAGACAUGUAAAAAACUCAAAAGUUUCAUUUCAUUUAACGAGGUCUUUAAAGGACGUUCUACUUUGCUUUACAAUGUGUUUUUUUUUGUUAUUUCAUGUUAAGGUAAAAUGACAGAUUACAUGAUAUAUAAUUGUUACAGUAUCUUAAAGGAGUAGUUCGACAUUUUGGGAAAUUUGCAUUUCACUUUCUGUUGGAAAGUUAGACGAGAAGAUCGAUACCACUCUGACAUGUGAAAGAGGUAUCAAUGGUUUCAUGUUAAUCUCUACCAGAAAGUGAAUAAGCAUAUUUCCUAAAAUGUCAAACCAUUCCUUAAAUAUGUUACAUGAAAUUAGAUUAUGAAGGAUUUAUUAAAUCUUACUACCUUUGGUAUACAUUUAUAAUCAUUAUUGUUUGUUUGGUACUCUGCUUGCAAAAUAUGUGUGCAGCACAAGCAGGAAAAUGUAUUAGUAAAAGUAAUUUGAUCUUCUCAGUAAAUACUAAAAAGCUUUGAACUGAUACAGUGAACAUGUUGACCAUACAAUUCUGCAGCUCCAACCUGGUUAAUCUCACAUUUUCCUUUUCACUUUAGUUUACUCAUCUACCGAUUACGUUUUCUAAAUUCAUCAGUGAUCAUAUCGUCCCAUGAACCAAUUUGCUGAGAUUUGCAAAGCUGAAAAGUAAUUAU